UAAUUUACUUCCCUUGUGGACUAGAAUAAGAAGAUCCAUGGAUAGAAGAGGCAAAAGACCUGCUGAAUGGGAAGAUCCCAUUGGCAAUACGAAAGUGAGACGGUUGAAUUCAACGUCGGAACUAGGUAGGAGCCAAGACUCAACUGAAAUUGAUCAAGAUAUUAAAUUUCGAUAUAAUUCUGUUGUUAAAGGUUCGCCACAUUACUUCACCAUGAUUGUUUGUAUGAUCCUAAGUGUGGGGACAUCUGUAUAUCGGAAUGUAUUGAAAAGAAAAAUGCCAAAUAUCAAAAAUUUUGAAAAAGAACUUCUUUCGCUGGAACCCUGGCUUAACAAUCAUCAAAAAUCAAUCUUAUUCCCUGAAAAGGGAACAUUCAGCGGAGACCUGAAUAAAUUGAAUAUGGAGACAAUAUACAUUAUUCUAAAAGAGAAAGGCGACUUUAAACCACAUUCAAAGGGAUGGGGUGUGCUUCCAGAAGAUGAUGAUCACAGUACAUCUGCUAAUUUAGAUAGAAUUGAGUUAAUACGAGCAAAGACUAUAGGUAGGUGUGCAAAUACAAACAUUGAAGAGUCGGAAUUCAAAACGAUCUGUUCAAUUCUAAUAAACGCUAUAAUAGAAUUAGGCGCCAGCAUAGAGAGGCUUUGUUAUAUUUUACAUAAUAAGACAUAUACAGAGCCCCAAAGAAAGGGACAGAAGCAAACUGGGAAAUUGUCUUCAGAAAACAGAUCAUCCAGAAAUGAAAAGGGAAAUCUGAAGAGAAAGAAUUACUUUCUCAUUUUACGGCUUACUUUGGAUAUUGGAACCAGAGUUCUUCGCGAAGAAUUUGAAAGUCGAUUUCCAAAGAACAGAUCGUUUGGACAGAUUUUUAAAAUCUAUAAGUCUGAUCUAAAGCCAAAACUCGAUAAAACUUCUCGAAAAAUCAUAUAUCCAAAAGAAGGAAAGUAUACCGGAAACCUGAGAGACUUAGCUAUUCCUACGCUUUAUUCAUUAUGCCGAUGUGCUGCAAACAUUCAACCUCACGAUCAAGGAUGGGGAAAUCCUCCGAAUGAGGACGAUAGGAGUCUGUCUGCGAACAUAGAAAGAAUUCGAAUUAUACGGAAUGAAAUAGUGUCUUAUCCAGAAUGCAAAAUGGACGAAGCAGAAUAUAAAAUGAAAUUGCGUUCACUGAAGCAGACUCUCCUAGGAUUAGGUGCAAAGGAAAAAGAUAUUAAUGAUAUUAUCGACAUUUCGAGUGGCCAACAAUUGCGUUAUACGAGCAAAGUUGACAAAUGGUCAGAUGAACAAACAGAUGAAAGCACACAGUUCUGGGGAAAAUCGUCUAACCAAAGAAAAGAAUGGUUCUUCAAAUUACCGAUUGUAUGUGAUGAAUUAGUGGUUGAUUGUAUCAUAGAUAAAAGACUUCAGCACAACUAUAAAUCAUUAGAGAAAAUAAUAAAAAAAAGGGAAUUGAGCAUCAUGUCAGGGAGACCACCAGGUGUAUGCGACCAAAUAUUUGAAACCGAACAAAUUGAUAUGCAACAUUUCAUCCAUGCCUGUGAAUUCCUCUAUGACAGUAUGGAUAGAAUUCGCUUGCUGAAGGAUUUUACAGUCUUAUAUCUUCCAUCAAAUGUGGAAUUUGAAAAAAUAUUCAUCUUCCAAAAGGUUAUGACAUCUCGUAAAGUAAACAUCAAAGGUGAACUACACAACUCAAUUGAGUCAAAUCAGAUCGUUCUAUGUCGACAUAUACUCAUUAACUUCAACAAAAGUGUCAUGUGUCCACUAUUACAAGAAGCUUUAGAUAAAGCUAUUAAGACUAAACGUAGAAACACAAUGAAGGCUAUGACUUCCCAAAUCAUUAAAUACUUUUUUCAAAUUCAUGAGAAAGUGUUUGACAGACUAACAAGUAUUUGGUUAGGCAUCGAAUGCACUUGUGAGACAUCAAAAGUUGUCAGUUACGAAGAUUGUCUGUAUUCCUCUUCAAAGCCCAAAAUAAUUAUUGAAAGAUAUCCUUCACACUUUAAAGAAACAUUCGAAGACAAGAUGUUCUACGGUUUCUCGAUAAGGAUUAUAGAAACAAACUCUAAAGAAGCAAGAUUUGUUGCAAAUCAGAUUUUUCAAAAUUCUGGAACUCAAUUGAUAGAGGGAAAUAUAUCCGGGAAAGUAGCAAAAGAUCUAUUUGGAAAACAUAGUAAUUUAUCUAUUAUAUAUCCUUCUUCAAUGAAGUCGAAAGGUUUUAAGAAUACUGGAUCCCAUAAAAUCGAGAAUCUGAACUGUAUUAACCUCGUUUGUACUGUAAAAGGAGUUAUACCUGUAGGAGAUACUCAUUUUCCUUUAGAAAUUGAAGGUGUUGAAACGGAUGUGUUAGAAGGAGCAACACAUUUACUUGGCUCUUUUAGAAUUGGUGAUGUGGUUGAAAAGAUGAAUGCUCAAUCUUGUGGUACGCUAGGAGGAUUUGUAAAAUAUUAUGGAUUGGACACAUUUUUAACAUGUGCUCAUGUUGUCUUUGGAGCGGAUAUUGUACAUUCAAUAACAAAAAAUAAGAUACAUCUUGAAAAAUGUCAUAUGAUGACGGACAAAAACAUUUCCGAUAUAACAGAAUGUAUAUUGAUUAGGCAUACAUUCAAACACGAUGAUCAUAAUCCAUCUGAAACGAGUAUCGAUGCAGCCCUGGCAGUAAUCAAUGGUGGCGACCUUAACAUGUUCAACAUUGCAAAUGACGAUAGGAGAAGGCAAUGCUGCACGGAUUUAGGUUUGUCAUCACCCUAUUUGAAUAACAAUGCUAUCGAUCCAGUAACAUUGCGAAAUGCUAAAGCAUUUUGUGGAAUUUCCGGAAAUCAGAUGUGUGAUUUAAAAACCGAAAAAAAGAAUAUUCUUGUAAGAACCGGUACACAUAUUCAAUCCAGGGGAAUUAAGAUGUAUAAUCAGCUAUGCAUCUAUGGAAUGGAGUUUCAUGAAGGAGAUUCAGGGACUUGUGUUUAUGUUCAUACUUCGGGUUACAAAAGACUAACUGGUUGUAUCGGGAUGUUAAUAGGAAAGUCAACGUGCGAAAACUAUGUGUUAACACCGAUGAAAGAAAUACUGAAAAUAUUUGAUUUGUAAAUCAUAUAUUACUCAAAUGAUAGGUAUAGGCAAGAAAAUAUUUCGAAAGGAUUUGCAUGACGCUUUUUUUUUGUUCAAAGUUUCAAAAUAACGUAUGUAUACUUCUACUUAUUCAAAGUGAAUAGAGAAGUAUGGGUUCAAGUUUGUGCAAUUUGCUCAUAACUGUUUAGUCUCAAAGCUAUGUUGUAUAUAUUGUGAUUGACAUUAUCUAACUGUAGUAUGACAUCGUAUCUUUAUUAAACUAUCUGUAGAAUUAA